AUGCUUAUGGCCCGAGACACGGCGCGGGACGAGGCUCAAAAGCUACACAGGAAGUGGCUGAAGCACCAGGCCUUUAUGGCAGAACUGGCCCGCAAUAAAGAAUGGCUGGCCAAGAUAGAACAGGAAGGUCAGGAGCUGAUCCAGGAGAAGCCGGAGCUGCGUUCAGUCGUUCAGCAGAAGCUGGAGGAGAUCAGAGACUGCUGGUCCGACCUGGAGAGGACGACCAAGGCCAAGGCCCGCCAGCUCUUUGAAAACAACAAGCCCGAGCCGGCGGUGAAGAGCUACUCGGACCUCGACAACCAGCUCUCCCACCUGGAGCAGCAACCCCCUCAGCUGGAACAGGCACACCAUCUGCCCACCUUCAAUGAGCAGCUCCAGAAAUUCCAGGCUAUGGAGUCUCAGAUAGGGGACUUUUACAAGGAUGUGGGAGAGCUGGGAAGCUUGCAGGGGGUCUGCUUACCCCAGCGAGGGCUGAUGGCAGGUGACAAGGAAGGCGGCGAGCAGUCAGGCAUGGUGGAGACGCGCAUCGUCCGCCUCAUUGAGCCCUUGAAGGAGAGACGCCGCAUCCUGCUGGCUUCCAAAGAGAUGCACCAAGUUGCCCAGGACCUGGAGGAUGAGAUACUGUGGAUUCAGGAAAGGCUUCCCUUGGCCUCCUGUAAGGAUUAUGGGAACAACCUCCAGAGUGUACAGCAGCAUGUAAAAAAGAACCAGACACUACAGAGGGAGCUGACAGGUCGGCGGGCUCGUGUAGAGGAGGUUCUGGACCGGGCAGGGAUUAUCGCUUCGCUGAGGACUCCUGAGGUGGAGUUUGUACGUGAAGGGGCGGGGCAUGUGCGCCAGCUGUGGGAGGUUUUUCAGCUGGAGACGGAGAGGAGGUCUUUGAUGCUGGACGCUGCCCUGCAGGCCCAGCAGUACUACAGUGAGGCAGCUAAAGUGGAAUCCUGGCUGUCAGGUCAGAAGCUUCAUCUUGUCAGUGAAGAAAAAGGCACGGAUGAGUCAAGCACUCUGCAGCUGCUGAAGGCCCACCUGGCUUUGGAGCAAACAGUGGAAACAUAUGCAGAGACAGUAGGCAUGUUAUCUCAGCAAUGCCAGCGUCUGCUGGAACUGGGACACCCAGAAAGUGAGCAGAUCACCAAGCAACAGUCCCACAUAGAUCGGCUGUAUGUGUCUCUGAAGGACAUGGUGGAGCACAGGAAGACCAAGCUGGAGCAGCAAUACUGGCUCUAUCAGCUUAACAAGGAGGUUGAGGAGUUAGAGAAGUGGAUCACUGAGCGUGAGGCAGUGGCCAGUUCCACCGAGCUCGGCCAAGACCUCGAGGAUGUCACGGUGCUUCAGGAGAGGUUCACAAAGUUUGCCACAGAAACCAACAACACUGGCCAGCAGCGCAUGGAGCAGGUGAACAAAAUGGUGAACGAGAUGAUUGACUGCGGCCAUUCGGACGCUGCCACCAUCGCUGAGUGGAAAGAUGGUCUGAACGAGUCAUGGGCCGACCUCCUGGAGCUGAUGGAGACCCGAAGACAGAUGCUGACAGCAUCGCACCAGCUGCACAAGUUCUUCACUGACUGCAAAGAGGUCUUGGCUCAGAUAGCAGGGAAGAUGAAGCAGCUGCCAGAGGUGAGGGCAUGCCAAGCCAACAUCACCAAUCCAGCCACCCUGCAGAGACUAAUGCACUCCUUCGAGCAUGCCCUUCAACUGCUAGUCGCACAGGUGAGGCAGCUGCAGGAGAACGCUGCCCAGCUGAGGACCAUCUAUGCUGGUGAGAAGGCUGAGGCCAUCAUGGUCAAAGAGCAGGAAGUGAUGGAGGCGUGGAAGGAGCUGCUGAGCUCUUGUGAGGCCAGUCGCGUCCAGGUCACUUCAGUAACCGACAAGGUGCAGUUCUUCUCAGUGGUGCGUGAAAACCUGAUGUGGAUGGAAGGCAUCAUGGGCCAGAUACGAUGGGAUGAGCCCAGGGAUUUGACGGCUCUGGAGGGGAUGAUGAAACAACACCAAGAGUUGAAGGCCAAAAUAGAUGGCCGCAGCAAGACCAUACAGCAGUGUGCAGAUCUCGGCAAGAUCCUGAUAGCUGCAGGCAACCCUGCAUCCGAGGAGAUACAAGAGAAGUUGGACAGCCUUCUGUCUAAGCAGAGGGACCUUGUUGAAAAAUGGGACAAACACCAGGAAAAGUUUCAGCGCAAGCAGGAAAAGUUCCGGUUUGCUCAGGAGACGGUAAAGGCAGAAGCCUGGCUGAAAGCCAAGGAGCCACUGAUCACCUCCAAGGAACCAGAAGGAGGAGAGGCCCAGGCCCAAACAGACGAGGCUGAGCAGCUCAUCCUUCGCCACGAGGCCUUCCGCAAGGCUGCAGUAACCUGGAAAGAACGCUUCAGCUCCCUCCGCCAACUUUCCGCAUCUGAGAAGAAAAAAGAGGAGGAGAAAAAGACAACCCCACUCUCCAGCCGAAGGAUGUUCCCAUUAUCUUGUCUGACUCCAAACGUUCCCUCAACUAGUGCUACCUCAUCUUUCUUGAGGCAGACAGUACAGGCGCAUAUGGAACCCAAACCCUUACAGACUAGUCUGGAACUGGGUGCCACCCCUGCAACCCAGAGACUGUCCUCAUCACUAGCCAGCUACAACCCGGUUAUAAAUGGAUCAGGCUACACCGGACUGGAGCAGCAGUGCAGUGGGAAGUUGGUGAGCUCCUCAUAUCUUGGGAUGAACCACCAGGCAGCCGGAGGUGGAAGUGACUCCGGUUUCUCAGCGUUGACCUCCCAGAGUGGUGGAGCAGACACUUCCACUUACCUUGGGAUAAACCAUCAAACUUUUGGCAGCGUAGAAAACUCCGGAUACUUUGGACUGACUGCUGGGUGUGUGAGUGGUAUGCAAAACCAUUUUGGCGGUGGCAGAUUAGGAAGUUCGGGUAACCUAGCUCAGCAGCCAAGCAGUGGAGGUAUGGGAAGCCCUGGCUUUCUCCCUCAACAGAAUAUGGGCAGUUCGGGAUAUUUGGCCCAACCACAAAAUAUUGGAAGUCCUGGAUACUUGGGACAACAGCCUAAUUUAGGGAGCUCAGGUUAUUUGGCACAACAGCCUAAUACAGGGAGUUCUGGGUAUUUGGCACAGCAGCCUAAUAUGGGGAGUUCUGGAUACCUAGCACAGAAUUAUCAGAGCAGUGGGGGAUUGGGUAGCUCAGGCUUUCUGGCACAAAAUCAUUACAGCAGUGGAAGUCUGGGCAGUUCUGGUUACCUAGCUCAGAGUGGUGGCAUCAUGGACCCUAAAAUGGCAUAUGCAUGGCAGCACCUAAAAGCUGACUUCAUGCAGCCCAGGAUCAACCACAUCCACAAGGCCGUAAACCCCCUCCUAGAAGCCAGCAGAGUACAGCGGGAACAGUUCGGGGACAUCCCAAUGGCAGACAUGAUAGGGCCAGAGUCUGGGCUGGAGCUCCUCCAUGGGCGACUCCAGAGGGAUCCCCGUGGUAGCCGCUCUGACCCUCAGAUGGACCAUCUGAGGCGAGAGAGGGAGUAUAAGCUGGGUAGACAGACCUCCAGCGAACAGGAGAUCCAGGCCAGGCUGAACGAGCUCCCAAUGAUUGUGCGUCAGGAGCGCUACCGGAGGCGCCUGGAGAGGCAGUCUUCCAGUGAACAGGAGGGGAGCGGUAAGCAGAGGCUGCAGAGACAGGACUCGAGUGACCUGGAGGGCUCCGUUAAGGAGGGCUCUGACAAACGCUCAGGAGAGAAGAGAUCUACCAUGGCAGAGAUUGUAGAACAGGUCCAAGAGAGAGAGGCAGCACAUGCACGAGGAGAACCUUAUCGGCCUCCUAGCAGCCUCUCAGCACCAGUGACUCGUUUUGAUGGACGUCCUCGAGCCCGAGACCGUCCAAAACCAAGGAGGAGGCCCCGUCCAAAAGAACCUGAGGAGACACGACGUUCUCGCUCAGCCCCAGCAACUGGAGCCCCACCUACACCCCAGCCGCCUUCACACACUGCCCAUAACGAAGGCUUCCUCUACCGCAAAAAAGCUACCAGCUCUGAUCUAGAAGCUCAGCAGAGGAGCCCCAACAGUAAGUCCUGGGUAAAUGUUUAUUGUGUGCUGAAAGAGGGAAAGCUGACCUUCUACAAGGAUGCUAGGAACCACAACACAACGUACAAUGGAGAGCCUCCCGUUGACCUUAGUAACUGCUCAUUUGAUCCUUCAAUGGGAUACAAGAAGAAGAAAAAUGUUUUCAUUCUUCAAAUUAACGAUGGAAACAACUUUGUGUUCCACGCAAAAGAUGAGGAGGACCUGAAGGCUUGGACUUCAAAUAUCACCAUCUGUAUAGCUGAGCACGAGGCCAUGGCCAAGUGGGACAAGCCUGGCACCUCAUCCAUGGACCCUGACCGUUCGGAAAGGAAGGAGAGGUCGGAGGGGGACGCAGACGCCAGGUCAGAGAGGUCCGAGCUUGCCGAAGGGGAAGAGAGGUCUGAGAAAGAGAGAGAGAGAAAAAGGGAAAAGGAAACAAGAAAUAGUUGCAACUCUAUGAUUUGUCACUCCCACAUUCAGGAGUUGCCCCGCAGCCCCAAUGACAACUUGUAA